AUGCAACGUGAACGUGACAGUGACGUCGCGUCAAGCUGCCGUCAAGCACCCAUGUCGUUAGCAGCAUCAUCGUCGUCGUCGUUGCCGCAAUUGUCACCUUUUCACCUCAAUAGUUGUCGAUGGUCUUGGUGUUCCUCCACCUUUCCCUCCAGCCAGGAUCUCAUCCACCACAUCCUUAAUCAACAUAUCCGGAAUGCUGUCCCUGUCAAGCGCGCUGACCUUCCCAUGCUGCAGCGUGCAGAGGAAGGUGUAGGGGACAGCCUAUCGCUCUCUGGCAUGAUGACUGGAGUGUUAUCUAAUCCAGAUCAAUAUGCUUCAAACUCCUCGAAUGACCGUAUGUAUCAAGAUUUGCCAUAA